AUGGUUUGUUACAAUCCACAAUCGGGCUUCUACACAUCGUCGAUUUUAAUCAAACGACCAUUAAUUAAAGAGUUACGUUUGAAUUAUGGUGAUGGAUUUCCUGAAGUUCAUGAAAAACUCUUGAAGCGAUUGAGCGAAGCUGAUUCGACUGGCAUUACUUUCUUACAUGGACCACCAGGAACUGGCAAAACUUUUUAUAUUCGAUAUUUAAUCAAUGAAAUCAAGGGGAAAAGUCUCAUCUAUGUUCCACCAGAUUUGGUCACAGAAAUGACCAAACCAGGCUUUUUACCAUUUCUCAUGCAGUAUCCGAAUUCGAUAUUGAUUAUUGAAGAUGCAGAAAAUAUAAUACUUGAUCGCAAAGAAAAUGUCAAUCCAAAUCAAGCCGUUAGCAAUCUAUUAAAUCUUAGUGAUGGUCUACUCGGUGAUGCAAUGCAUCAACAAAUUAUUACGACAUUCAAUUGUGAAAUCAAAGGCAUCGAUCCUGCACUACUUCGUGAAGGACGUCUAUUGGUUGAACACAAAUUCGAGAAAUUGUCGGCUGAAAAUGCUCGGCGCUUGUCUGCAGAGUUGGGCAUCGAUGGAACUGAUCAAAUUCAAAAUCCGAUGAGCUUAGCAGAGAUCUACGCAAAGAAAACAUCUUCAAAAUAG